GCAGUUGUGGAAAGCAAGAACCAUGUGAGUCCAUGUGCCAUUCUAAAUAAGUAGACCACUCCCAACAUUUUGCACACAAAUCUCUCACUUUCUUCCUCUUCUUUCUCUGCUUUUCCUUCAAUCUAUCUAUCUCCUUCCUAUCAUUCCAACUAUUUCUUCAUAACUUCACUUACUCACCCAUUAUACCUUCAUCAACUUCCUUCCUUUCCUUACUUUGUUAUUCUUCUUCUUCUUAUUACUUUGCUUUCCCUUUGCCCCUUUCUCCUACUACUCUCACCAACCAUCUCUCCACAUCAUCAUCUUCUCUCUAAUCCCUUUUGCCAGUUCAAUUUUUUUGCUCAACAAAACCGUCUUUCAAUUCUGAUUUCGUCACCCCCGCUUCUCUUUCUCUUGCUGGAACCAUUGUUUCCUAGAUAAAUGGAAGGGCAAGUGGCUAAACGCAGACGUGUAUACUCUGUGGAGCCAAACCAAAUAGUGCAAUCUAUAUUUACUAGGAAUUAUUUGAACCAUUUAGUUCCAGCGUUGGUGAAUAUAAAGGAGAAGACCUCCGUAGAAGAUACCAGCCAUUGUGAUAUUAACCGUGCUGUCAAGUAUGAGGUGGACAUGGCAAUGGUGUUAUCAGCACAAGGUUUUGCAUGGAGUAACGGCCUCAAAGUCAAGCUUCGAAACGAUCGUGGUCGUGUCAAUGCAGCUAAAAGCUCUACGUUUCUUGAAAAUGCGGUUGGUGAAGGUUCAUCAAGUGCUUGUGAGAAAAAUGAGGUUGUCCCAAUGGAAUUCUCUUCAAACCCUAGCUCGAAGCCUAAGGCUGAGGCUUUAGGGAGCAAGUCUAAGUGCAAGGAGGUGUCAGAAAUGAAAAGGGAUUUGGCGAGAGAAGAUGAUAAUGCAGAUGAGGACAUCGACGAGCAGUGGAAGAGGCUGAGAAGGUUGAUACCUGGAGGAGAAGAGAUGUGUGAUGAACAAAUGACUAAAGAGCUUGAGAGUUACAUUAGCUGUUUGCAAAUGCAGGUGAACGCUCUUCAGUUUCUGCUGCCACAGACGCGUUAAUUUAAUUUGUAUCUCGUGCAUUUCAACAAAUUUAGCCAUAAACUAUGUUCAAUUCAACAUAUUGUUCUAUAUUUCCUCUCGCUGUUGAUGUAAUUUGAAUAUGAUUAUUGCACAUAUAUAUUUUUCAAAGAGCAACUAAACACUUCAUUUUUUUAA